UAUGCCACAUUUUGAACACAACUAAAUCUACCUACCACCAUUUAUCCUUCUAUUGUCAAUUGUGAUACCAGUUGAGAAUUACAGCUACCAUUCCAACGUCAAAAUCGACAUCUCCUCCUUCCCUUCCUUGGACUCAACUGUCUUUCGCUUCUCUAAUCAUAAACUCACUCUACGCACUCUUUUCUUCCAUCACUUGCAUCUGGGCGUUGGACAUUCUUCCAAGCAAGUACGUAGUUGGUGUUUCCUUGAUUCAAACAUUUGAGGGUACAUCAUGGUAAUGGCUGCUGAAGCAUAUUACCAGGCUAUUGGCACUUUGCAAUCCCAUUCUUAUUUGAAUAAUUUUAAUCAUCAUCAAAAACUUCAGAACAAUUAUGUAAGAUUGGUGACAAAGGAUUCCGUCAGUAGUAAUGGCUUGUCGAGGAGAAGUAGCUCUGGCCAGAGGAAUUGUGGUGCAAUUCUAGCUUCACAAACAGCAGUGGUUGAUCCAGUGUUGUCCCCUUCAAGAAGCAACGCUGGUGACACUCACAAGAAAUCAAAUGAAGCAGCCUUAAUUCUUAUUCGGCAUGGUGAGUCAUCGUGGAAUGAAAAGAACUUAUUCACAGGUUGUGUUGAUGUUCCACUAAGCAAGAAGGGUAUAGAUGAGGCAAUUGAAGCUGGAAAAAGAAUUAGCAGCAUUCCUGUUGAUGUCAUAUUUACAUCAGCCUUGAUUCGUGCACAAAUGACAGCCAUGCUUGCCAUGACCCAGCACCGUCGAGGGAAGGUCCCUGUCAUUAUGCAUAAUGAAAGUGAACAAGCAAGGUCAUGGAGUCAAGUGUAUAGUGAAGAUACAAAAAAGCAGUCCAUUCCGGUCAUAGCAUCUUGGCAACUAAAUGAAAGAAUGUAUGGGGAACUGCAGGGUCUCAAUAAGCAAGAAACAGCAGACAGAUAUGGGAAAGAACAAGUCCAUGAGUGGCGACGAAGUUAUGACAUACCUCCUCCAAACGGUGAAAGUUUGGAAAUGUGUGCUCAAAGAGCAGUUGCCUAUUUCAGAGACCAAAUUGAACCUCAACUUUUAUCUGGAAAGAAUGUCAUGAUUUCAGCCCAUGGGAAUUCAUUGAGAUCCAUUAUCAUGUACCUUGAUAAAUUAACUUCACAAGAGGUCAUUAGUUUGGAGCUUUCAACUGGAAUUCCCAUGCUUUACAUUUUCAAAGAGGGCAGAUUCAUUAGGAGGGGGAGUCCCAUAGGACCUUCCGAAGCUGGAGUUUAUGCCUAUACUAGGCGUUUGGCUCUUUACAGGCAGAAGUUGGAUGAGAAGUUCCAAUGAUAUAAUGUUUAGGAAAUACAUUUACAGUCAAUCAAAAAUGUCACAGUUGAAUCACAAAGGGAAAGAUGUUUUCGAUGUUAGGUGUAGAGAAUAUGCACUUGUCCUAAAGCUAGGUUGUUUCCGAUGCGUGAUUACAGUUUUGUAUCAGUAUAUAUGGAGACGAACUCCCAUUUUUAUGUAUAUUUAUCUUAUAGGCGAGUGAUUGUUUCCAUGAACUCGUUGUUGAUGCAUGUUAUAAAUGUGGAAACGCUGUAACACUUGCAGUUCAGGUCCA